AAAAUUUAUCAAGAUUUAAUUACAAUAAAAGCAAAAAAAGUUGAGAGAUUUUGGAGACCAGUGACAUUUUACUUUUUUGGUGAUGGUGGAGCAGGAAAAUCAAAUCUUGUGCAAAAGUUAUUCCGUUCAGAAUUUUACUUGAAGAAAAAAAUGCAGAAAAGUGGAAGUAUAUGGUGGAAUGGAUAUGAGAAUCAAUCAAUUGUUUUUUUGGAUGAAUGGUAUACAGUGGUUAGAUGGGAUAAUAUUGUAACUUAUUUGAAUGAUACUCCUGCAGAAGUUGAGGUUAAACAAGAAUCAUUUAAUUUUGGUCAACGUAACAGAAGUGAGGAUGAGGUUUAUAGGGAUUGGGGACAGUUUGACAGAAGACUUGAUUUUAUCAUUAAAUUUAAAGGAAAAUGGAAUGAUGAUAUUGAUUUACGUACAACAGAAUUGAUAUUUCAUAGAG